GCAGCAGGAGUUCGGAGAACGACCUGCAAACAGCUCUCGAUGAGAUCACCAAAAUCGACCCAACCUUUACCACGGAAAAAUUUAUUCGAUAUUGUCGUAUGGAGUCCAUCGUUCAUGGUCACUUGGAUGUUCUCAAGGACUGGUGCUACGAAGCUUCCUUCAAUGUACUCUCGGCCCCAAUCAAGCAAACCCAGGAGCUUGGUUUUUAUAUGGAUUCGCGUAUCCUCGACGUCCAUAAUAUUGAUGUUUGUAUGGGCAAGAUGAUGGAGCAGGGUCCAGUGCUCAUCAUCACAUUCCAGGCGCAGCAGACUAAAUGCAUUCGUGACGCCAAAGGCGUCGUGAAGGAGGGUGAUCCGGGGAAGGUGUUGCGAGUGACUCAUGUAUGGGCUCUCUGUCGGGACCAAUCAGAAUUAAAUCCUUGGAUGGCUUGGCGUGUUCUUGACGUCGCCAUGAUGCCUACGGAACAGUGGGUUUAG